GAGAGAUAUUGAACGUACCUCUUUUUACAGUAACUAGCUGAUGACUAUAAUGACAUUGGAGUGGUGGGCUUGGGCAACAAAGACACGCAUUAAUUGUUCCUCUUGCUCCUCCGUCUCUGCCUACAAUAUCACUCCUCAGCUCGAGUGAGAACAGGAAAAGAGCAUGGAAUCCAAUUCUACUUCAUGACCACUCUCAAACAGUCAUAUUUAACCUAUUAUUUGCUAUGAUUUGCCAGGUGUGCCAUCGUCCACCCGACUCUUCACUUCCAUUUUACUGUCCGAACUGCGCUCGCAACCGGCUGUACCCGCUCCGUUUUGACCUCGCAAAGACGUUGCUGGAGAAAGAAGCAGCAGGCCAGAAGAUUGAGAAGGCAGUUAAAAAUGCGGCCGGCUUCGAAGGGAUCGCGCCCGAGGGGUCAGGUCAGUCGAAAUCGACUCUGGACGAGCCCUCCAAGAUAGCCAUCGAAACGAUGCGCACCCUUAAGACGCAGUCGGAGAUUAGAACAGAGGCCAUACAAGUCCAGAUUGCCAAACUUAGACGGGAGAUAGAGGAAGGAAAGCAAGAAAUUGCGAAACGGCGGGCCGCACUCGCAAAGCGACGCUCUGACGCCGAGGCGGUGAACUAUCAACUCUCACAGCGACGAGCUGCUAUUUUGAAUAAUGUGCAGAAGGAAAUCAAGAAGACAGAAAAUGCGUGGAAUACCCUUCAUUCGAAAACCGCUGAGUCUAGAAUGUUUCUAUGUCGUGAGGUAGCCAGCCUCUAUAAUCUCCGACAGAAGACUAGGAGGAGAAACGGGGAGAUCAUAAGUACAUAUUCUAUUGGUGGUGUGAAUAUGGUUGAUCCUAGGGAUAUGAACAACGCGAGUCCGGCUCAGAUUACCACGUCGCUUUCGCAUAUCGCGCACCUGCUGGUGCUUGUUUCGCAUUAUCUUGCUCUACGUUUGCCAGCCGAAGUUAUUCUUCCACACCGCGGAUAUCCUCUACCCACAGUAUUUCCUCCGGGGUCAUCUUACAUCGCAAAGGACAUCCCGUUUCCUGGCCUGUCUCCUUCGAAUUCUUUCGGCCCAACCGCAUCAAAAGCGCCCGAUCCUCGGCCACUCCCGCGGCCCCGGCCGCUUUUCCUCGACCGCAGCCUUCCUAAACUUUCCAAGGAAGAUCCUGGUGGCUAUGCUCUUUUCGUCGAAGGGGUUGCUCUUCUAGCAUGGAACAUAUCAUGGGUUUGCCGAUCACAAGGUCUACAUAUUGGACAAGAUUCUUGGGAGGAUGUCUGCGAGAUGGGGCGAAACCUCUGGCAGCUACUAGUUGCACCGCCAGCGCUAACAAAAGCCCUGGCCGGUCGAGACUUGCAAGCAAAGCCUCCAAGCAAUAAGGACGCGCCUACAAGAGGAGGCGCGCUUCAUCGGACGAGAUCGCUUCCCUUGCUAGGGCACUAUUCUCACGGCACAGCGCAUUCCUUCCUUGGAAGCGCUGAGGGACUUGAGUUUAUGAAAACUUGGAAACUACCAUCUCCCCUCAAGGUUGCCGACAAGUUGAAGUCCACUCUGCUGAGCGAGAUGGCCACGACGGAGUGGGAGCUCCUCGAGGAGGAUGAAUGGGACGAGGGUGGCACGCCGCAACCAGAAACCGAACAAAAUGACGGGCACGUUCUCGUCGCAACCAGGCAGGCGCGCGACAACGACCCUGGUAACGAGGAUACGAGGAGUAUCCUCACGGCCAGAACGGUAGUGGAUGAAGAAUACAAUGAAAGAGCGCGUGGGGAGCGGGGGCAAGCAACCGCUUCCAGUGCCAGGCCAAAAGGGACGAAAGGGUGGACCAAGGUGAAGAGCAGAUAACAGCGUCUCUUCUUUUACGGCGCAUCGACCCGAGUUUCUUGGGGCUUUGGACGAUCAUCUAUCCUUCGAUAUCGGCACUGAUUAGUGUGAUGCGUCCAUCGCGAGUCUUUUGGCAGAGAAGUCGGCCAACCGUCAUCAGGAUGUCGAGAGCGAAAGAGGUAAUAAAUCCUCCAGUGCGGGGGGAGUGUGGGUAUCCGUCUUAAUGGCGCAACCGGGAUCAACGGAGGAAUCAUCUAGACCUUCAAGAAAGAAAUGUAUAUGUACGUAUUUUCGGAGACGGCUUCUUUUGCCCUGUGCCCUAUGGAUAUUUGCGAUGACCCACACAGGCGCCACUCCCGGGAGAAUUGGGAUAUCCGAAGCCUUUGCCGCGUCUACAUAUCCGUAGAACUUUUUUCUUUUUUUUUUUUUACUUUCAUCGCGUGGGCUAAUCGUGGGGCGGGUGUGAUCAGAGAUUUUCCAUCGUGGGGUCCGAUGCCGGAUCCGGCGGGGCAAUAUUUUGCAUGCGGUCUGGAAUUUUGAGGACGUUUGAGGUGUUCAUUCCAUGGACAGUGAGAGAAUUUUAGCAGGAACCAUAGAGCAGUGUUGUAUUUCGCAAUUUUUAGGAAAGGUAUGGAGUAGUGUGAGCUGGAUCAAGGGGUGUUUACAGCGCUGAAAAGGACCGUGUGUGCUCUGCAGGGUGAUUGUAUGCAGUGUUGGUGACACAACGGCGAAGGCAUCACGCGAACCUGAUAAUAUUACGUAGGUAGUUAAUUAAGGUACUUUUUAAUUUUGGGA